CGUGAAGAAGGAUUAGCCGUGACACCGUGAUGGAGGAGGUUGCUGGAAGCUCCGUACCCCAUGCAGAGCCUGAGGCCGGAGAACCAGAGAAAGUCUAUGGGAAGCCUAGGGAACAGGAGCCUGCGGACAAGGUUACCGCUGCCAAGAAAAAGUUUCGGUAUCAAAUCCCGAUCUUAACCGUGCACGAAAUCGACGACACCCUUAGCAAGUUACUAGGAACCAUGGUGUCGGUGUCGUUUCAGACCGUACUGCAGGCUAGCCCUAGGUUGCUCAAAGGGCUUAGGCAACUGUUGACUCGACGGCGAGUAGAGAUAGACGAAAACCCCAAAUUACCAGAAGAAGGAAGGGAGGAGGAAGCUCCGCAAGAGGUUGCUAACCUUCAAAGAAGUCGCGGGGAUCUGGAGGAUCUUGAGAAAGCCUUUGCAGACAUACGUUUGAGCUUGCCAGACCGAGAAGGUGGCGAAGUCAUGAGGGCACCUCCCGGGACAAAGCUCAGUUUCCAUGCGCUACUCGUAGGAAAAUUGAAGAUUCAGAUCGAAACUCAUCAUACCGACGCAUUAGUAGACGGGGAAGCAGAAAUCACUCUCAUAAGGAGAGAUUUCGCAACAAUCACAGGUUGUACGGUAAAUAAGGAAGUAACGGGGAGCAUCCGGGGAGCCAUUGGGGAAAUUUCGUUCCCAGGGUAUGUCACAAAAUGUGCAGUCAAGGCAGGAAUCAGGGAGUCAAUCUGGUCGUUUCAGCGAAUGACCGUAAUGGAGGAAAUGGAUCACAACAUUAUCCUCGGGAGGCCAUGGUGCGCAAACGUAGAAACGAUAUGCAUGUACUUGCACGAUGACACGUACAUGGUAGAUAUAGAGGACCCAGUGACCGGUCGGGGUGAGCUCCUCCGACUCCUCGGGACGGGAGGAAACCCUCCGAAGGGGAAGUUGGGAACGUGGUCGCCGUCGUUCAAGGAUAGCGCACGAAAAGGGGCUUUCGCGCGGAUGGAGGGCAUGAGAGAAAGGGUAAAAAUUAUGAUUGAGGAUGCUUUCAACAAGAAGGAAUGGAUCAAGAUGGGCCUGCCCCAGAAGAAGAGGAGGCAAGAGGACGAAAUCUUGGGCGUUAUGGUAGCAGAAAAGGAAUCAGAAGUCGAACUCGGUGCCAGCCUUCCCAGACGGAAAGAAGUACACAUGGACGUGCCAGAAGUCGCACUCGAGAUCCCUGAUUUGUUACAGCUCAUCAAGGCCCUCAGAUACCACAAGGUAGGAGUGGACUCAGCAACCUUGGCCAAAUUCGAAGGAGAGGUGCAAAAGGGAUAUUGUCUGAAUGGGAAAUUAGUUAGUAUUCAACCACGAAUCGCUGAGGCAACAAGGGCAAUCCCGACCGUUCAUUUUUUAGGAGAAAGAUCCCGGAAGGAAGUGUUCGAAAGUACAAGCCGAUAGGGAAAAAAACAAAAUCAGUCUCGAUCC